AUGGCUUCAUUUCCUGUCUUGAAGCAAGAGACGUUAUUCCAGAAUGGUACUUGGAGCUAUCGAAUUCCAGCCCUGCUCUACCUGCCGCGUUUCAGCAUCAUCCUGGCAUUUGCUGAGGAACGAGAGGACGUGGUGGAUGAACAUGCCAAGCUAAUAGCGAUGCGCAGAGGCAUAUAUGACCCAACCAUGCAUCACGUUCAGUGGAAUAGCAUGGAGACCAUUGUCAGUGCGCAGCUGAAGGACCACCGAUCUAUGAACCCCUGUCCUGUUUACGAUGAGGUCUCAGGGAAACUGAUCCUGUUCUUCAUAGCUGUCCCAGGGAAGAUCUCUGAGCAGCAUCAGCUCAGAACAAAGAUCAACCUGGUACGUCUCUGCUACGUCACUAGCAUGGACCAAGGACGUACCUGGAGCACUGCCCAGGAUGUCACCGAUGGUACCAUUAGCACCGAGUACAAGAACUGGGCCACUUUUGCAGUGGGGCCAGGUCAUGGAUUACAGUUGCUCAACGAGGCCCGGAGCCUUGUGAUCCCUGCCUAUGCCUAUCGUAUCUUGGACCCUAAGCAACAUCCCACCCCUCACGCCUUCUGUUUCAUCAGCUCUGACCACGGGAAGACAUGGGAGAUGGGGAACUUCGUGGGGGAGGAGAGCGCGGUGGAGUGCCAGGUAGCAGAGGUGCACACCUGUGGCAGAAAGGUCCUCUACUGCAAUGCAAGGAGCAGCAGAGGAGCCAGAAUCCAGGCUGUCAGCUACAACCAUGGGGUGGACUUUGAGGGAGGCCAGCGGGUUGAAAUGCUGGUAGAACCUCCCUCUGGAUGUCAUGGAAGUGUUACUGCCUUCCCACCUCCCUCUGAUGUCAGAUGCCAAGAUAGUUGGUUGCUCUACUCUCAUCCUACAGACCCAAAGGGUCGAAGAGAUUUAGGAAUUUACCUCAACAAAACCCCUUUAAAUCCAGCACACUGGACAAAACCAAGCAUCCUCUUCAAGGGCCUGUGUGCAUAUUCAGAUCUGCAGUACAUGGGGAUUGGUCCAGAUGGCUCACCCUUGUUCUCCUGCCUCUUUGAGUAUGGUACUCACCAACAAUGUGAAGAGAUAAUCUUUGUAAUGUUCACUUUGAAGCAAGCCUUUCCAUCAGAGUGCUGA